AUGAACAUUCAAACAAAUGAACAAGCAACAACGGACGAACAAGGUACAGCUCCUUCUGCAACAGCUGCAUUUCGAGACUUGCUUGGUGUUCAAAGGCAAUCUGAGGAAGAUCUAAAGAAUACUUUUUAUCAAAGAGAAUUACCGAAAACCUUAGUACGUUUUGCUUCUCCUGAAGGUAAAAAGCUAUUCAGGGAAGCAAUGGAUGAUGGUUAUGCAGAAGGGUUUUUCCCAUUGACCGGUAACUUUACAACACAAUCUGAGCCAUCCUAUUGUGGCCCAAGUUCACUUGCUAUGGUCUUAAAUGCCCUAGAAGUAGAUCCAAAACGAAGAUGGAAAGGCAAUUGGCGAUGGUUUUCAGAUGAAUUCUUACAUUGUUGCUCAUCAAAAGAAGAUAUGAAAACAAAAGGCAUCACAUUUGAUAAUUUUGCAUGCUUAGCCAAGUGCCAUUCUGAUGUUCAAGUCAAACGUGCCUUUGAUUUUAGCUUUGAUGAAUUCAAAAAGGACUUGGAAUCCGUCACUUCAACAUCAGACAAGUUUAUGAUCAUAUCAUUUUCUAGAAAGACGCUCGGACAAACGGGGGAUGGACACUUUUCACCUAUUGGUGCUUAUAACCCGAGGAAUAAUAUGGUACUUGUGUUGGACACAGCUCGCUACAAGUACCCAAGUUAUUGGUGCUCUAUUGAGACCUUGUUUGAAUCAAUGAAGCCAAUUGACAAAGAAACCGGUCGUCCGCGCGGUUAUUUUAUUCUAAGUUACAAC